AUGUCUGACAAUCAAGGGAUCAAAGAGCGACCUUCCAAGCGGUCUCUCACCCCGAACAAGGCCCUUUAUGCUUCGUUCAAUGAAGCUCAUCGACACAUUGCUCCUCCAACUCCCAAGAUCCCCAUUGAGUUCGAUGGACAGCUAGGCGAUGAAGAGCAGCUCACGGAGGAGCAAGUCGAAGACAUUUUAAGUGCCUCGAACAAUUCCUCUAGCCAGUUUCAAGACUCUAAGGGUCAGAAGGAGCCGAAGAGCCUCGAGCUACUUGCCGAGCCGAAUGCAUCUAGCCAGCAGAGCAAGGUCGACAAGCAAACUUCGCCUUCUACUGUCGUGUCUCAAGCUCAGACGACAGACCAUGGUCCUCAAAGAUCUUCCUCUCCAUACCUGUCGGAUGAUGAGAACGCCUUCAUUGAUUAUUCGAAUUUGUCCUUACAUGAGUUCAAGGAGCAGCAUGACCGACAAGAUUCCAUCGAUGAUCCUUUCGACAGCCAGCAUGUCGCCACUGAGUACCCAGAUGCCUCCUCAUUCUACCCAGAAGAUGGUGAUGACUACAGUCUAGCCUCCAUUGACCACGGUUCCAUGAACAAAAUCAAGAUAGAGCCAAGGUCCUCGCCUAUUUUGGCCUCUUCCCCUAUUCUUUCGCCCCCAGUUGCAGCAAGUCCCUCAUGGCAUACCGAGGAAGCAGACCAAUCUUCCCACAUUGACGACGUCGUCAAGAAAGAGACUCCUUCUGGUUAUUUCAACACAACUCACCUUUCUGGCUUGAACGGAACUCAGUAUCCCAUCUUUCUUGAUCACGAAGCCUUACAGCCUGGCAACCAGAGCAACCACUUACCUAUCUUCAUCGAUCGUGGUGUUCUACCCCCUCCCUCGAUCCCUGCUGACCAGCCUGUCCCCACAGUCGAGCAAACAUCAGAGUCUGAUUCUGAGUAUGAUGGAGACGCCUCUGGCUAUUCCGAAGAUGAGGUCACCAACCUGGACAAAGGAAAGGCUCCAGUCAAGUUGUUGAACCCCUUCCAUGCUUUCUCCAACGCAUCGUCUCAUGCUUCGGAGCACAAUGUCGAGCAGUCUGAGCCUGGCAAAGAGAAGGUCUUUCUACGCCCUCAUGCCGAGAAAGAAGUUUCUCGUGCGCUUCACCACGUCACUGGUCUCAGCCAGCCAUCCAGUGGUCUCAUCAGCCGUGUUCGUCAUUCACACCUUCAGAAUCCACGUCAGUCACCCUAUCACAGCAGCUCUGAUCAGCAAAAGAACGACUUCUACCAUGCCCCAGCUAUUCAGCCCGACUGGCAGAUCACCCAAUCCGGUAUCAAGGUUCCCGUUCCUGCUCCAGCCCCAUUCACCGGAGAUGAGAUCGGCAUGCAAGCAACAGAGCCAUACAACGCCAUCGAUCACACGCGCAUGGCCACAGUUGCCUCAGAAGAUGGAGAGGAACGGACUGGCUUGGAGGGAGAUGAAGACUGGCGAACUGUCACCGAUGACCGCGAGUUCCCUACAGGCUUUAUGGGCAGAGUCAUGACUGGUAGCAGCAUUGCCAACGUCUCAGAUGCACUUCUGGUUCAGCAUCAACAACAGCAUCCUGUCGCUCACCACACUACUUCCUACAAAGGCCGCGAGCCCUCCACCACCCGGGCGAGAGCAUGGUGGGAGACGUCGACCCCUCUACCGUCGAUCCCCUCUCGUUCUGCCUCUCCUUCCUAUCUAUCGCCUCCUGCGCGCGCACUGCAGAAUAGACAGCGAAGACAAGACGGCUGGGAGGAGAUCGAGCUCGAUCCCAUGCCAGCUCCCUAUCCAGACUUCUCUUGGGAUCGCGUCCGGAACCAUCGAGCACAGGUUCAUGAAGAGGCAGCCGAGCCCAGCCGCAACGAGUAUGCUAACCUGCCGUUUCCCCUGGUCCCCCGUGAGGACGCAGCCAAGCUUCAAGCUUUCCGUCGCGCAAGCGGCCUCGAGGACCAUACUCUUUCAGGACACAUCAUCUCCCCCGGCCGGCCUUAUUCCUCAAACGGCGGUAGCCACGUCUAUCCUCGCCCCGCCUUGAGAAAGAACUCUACAAGAUCAUUCUUCUCCCGCACCGAGAACCAAGGCAUCGAUCGCCGUACCAUCUUCAUUGAUCGCCAACAGCACCCGUUUGGGCGGCCGACCCGCGAGUACUUCCCAACCCAGCACUCGUCGGCGUCGCGCCCCCAAACAACCACCGACCAGGCGAGGGCGAGGGAGAGGGUCUCCACCCCCAGCAAGAUGGCAAGCAUCAGCCACCAAGCUGCGGCGGAGGCCCUCGCCAUCGACCAGUCUGCGGGCCGCCGGGCCUCUCCCCACCUCUACUCCUCCGAGGUGAUGGAGAGGUACCGUGCCCUCCAGGCCGUCCGUCAACUCGGCGGCCGGGGCACGGAUACCGAGCUCGCGGACAUGGCGGCGACCGUCCGGGACCAGACCCCUCUCUCGCGGGGUGCGGUCCGUCGCCAGGCGGCCUUCUACUACGCGGUGAUGGGGGCGACCCUGUUGCUGCCGUUCGUGGGGGCCGUCACCCUUGUCUGGUCGUGGGAUCGGGUGUUGGCGGGCCUCACCGGCGGAGAGUGCACCGGCCUCUCGUUCCACCAGAGACGCAACCUGCGCAUCAUGCUGCUUGUCGGCAUGGCGCUGUGGGUUGUGGCUUUCGUGGGGGGAUUGGUCGCGUUCCUCUCUCUGCGCGGUUGA